CUCUCGCCCGACCGUUUCUCCUCCCAUCACCCCACGAAACGGAUUCCGCCCUUUAGCUCCCCGUUUCAUCUUCCCCAAAUCAUAACUGAGGCAAAAAUCUCCUCCGCCCGUAUAUUCUCCACUUUGUGUUUAGUUGGUCAUUAGGCUUAAAACCUCUGGAUUUUUCAAAUGUGAUAUUUUAGCAAAAGGUGGCAUUUAACUUUCCCAAAAAUUUGGGAGUUCAACUGAACCCGCAUACCCAACCGUCUGCUUGUUAGAUCUUUUCAUUUGUUAUAUAUUAUCUGGCAUUGCUCUGUAUUGUACUGUAGCCGCAUAGAUGGGUGGAUCUCUUGUAUUUUUGUAGCCAACAUUUGAUGGCGAACCUUGCUGGUUGUGAGCUAGGGUGGGAGACAUGUUUUCUGUUGUUUUGGCAAAUAUUUGAUGGCUUCGAAUGCCUUUAGUUUGUGAACCGUGAUGGUUGUGAGCUAGGGUGUCAAUGGUGUGAUGUCUUUGUUGAGGGUAGCCAAUAUCAUCAUUUUCUGCUUAUGUAGUAGUGUUGGAGCAAGUUAGGGUAGGGCUUCUUUUAUCUGUGUGAUUGGUUACUAGAUUGUUUGUGCUAAUUAGUGCACUGUAAGCCAUAAGCUUCAUCAAUUGUCUUGCUGAGGUUGACCUAUUCACCUUUUGAGGAAAUGCUGUAUAUGUGUGUGCAUUGCAUGGUGUAUUUUCCAUUUAUGGUUAAUCAUUUCGAUAAUUUGACUCCUAGUAUUUAUUGCUGCAAUGUAUACGACAUUUUUGCUAUUCAGAUUAUUAGUAUCUUAUUAGCUGCCGUUGCUGGUGUAAUGGAAGAGCCACCAAGGGACAAUGCGCACUCAAAAAAUGGCCUUGAGCCUGAGCUGGAACCUAUGAUACUGGAUGACAAUGAGGAGAGUGGAUCCCAUACCAUGGAUGAUUCAAACGGGCAGUCUUCUAUGGAUAUUGACAUAGAGGGGUCUUCAAUGGGAGAGCAGAUUCCAGCUGACAUGAACUUGACAAGCCUAGAGAAAUUUUGCAAGGAAGCAUCAAGGUCCUUUUUUGAGGAAAUCGGUCUGAUUAGCCACCAGAUAAACUCUUAUAAUGAGUUUAUCUCGCAUGGGCUCCAGGAGCUUUUUGAUUCGCUAGGCGAAGUGACUGUUGAACCUGGUUAUGAUCCUUCAAAGAAAGGACCAGGUGGUUGGAGGCAUGCCAUCAUCAAGUUUGGGAAAGUGAAACUUGAAGAACCUGUAUUCUGGUCUGGCAAAAUUGAUAUUGAUGAGGAGUCACUCAAGCUCAAGCCAAGACAUGCUCGCCUCCAAAAUAUGACAUAUUCCUCCAAAAUGGAAGUAGAAGUGAAUAUUCAGGUUUAUUCUAUGGAGAAAAGUGAUAAGGCUAAAACAGGGAAUGAUCAUUUUGGUCACAAGAGAGAUAUUAUUAACGAAACUCAUUGGGUGACUAUUGGCCGCCUUCCAGUUAUGGUUAAUUCAGAUUUAUGCUGGCUGCAUAAACUUGGGGAAAGUGACUGCCUUUUUGACUCUGGUGGAUACUUUUUGAUCAAGGGAAUGGAGAAGAUAUUUAUCGCACAAGAGCAAAGAUGCUUGACCAGGAUUUGGGUUGCUGAUCAGCCUUGCUGGAAUGUCUCUUAUUUAUCUGAAAUGAAACGAAGACGCGUAUAUAUAAAACUGAUUGAUUCUACAACCAACAAUGAUUUAAAUGGGGCCAAAAUCAUUUCCAUUUCCUUCUUGUAUGCCAAUAUGCCAAUUUGGUUACUUUUUUUUGCCCUGGGAGUAUCAUCUGAUAAGGAAGUAUUUGAUAUGAUAGAUAUGAAAGACUGUGAUGCUUCUGUUAUCAACGCGAUAUAUGCAACUAUUCGUGAGUCUGAUGAACUGUGUGAAGGCUUUCGCCAGUCCGAUAAAGCCCGCAAAUAUGUCGAUGAUUUGGUCAAGAGUUCAAAAUUUCCUCCAGCAGAGCCUUUUACUGAUUAUGUUGCUAAAUAUCUCUUUCCUGGUAUAAGUGGGAACAGGAAUAAAUCAUUUUUCUUAGGUUACAUGGUCAAAUGCCUUCUAAUGGCUUUUACUGGGAAGCGCAAAUGUGAUAAUAAGGAUGAUUUUCGGAACAAGAGGCUGGAGCUACCUGGUCAAUUGCUUGGAAGAGAACUUCGUGCACAUCUUAGGCAUGCAGAGAGACUCAUGGUUAAGGCAAUGCAGAGAGAUUUGAAUAGUGACCGCGAUUUACAAUUUCCUCUGCGAUAUCUUGAUGCGUCAAUUAUUACUAAUGGUAUAAAUCGUGCAUUCGCUACUGGUUCUUGGAGCCAUCCCUACAUAAGAAACGAAAGAUGCUCAGGUAUUGUUGCAACCUUGAGGAGAACAAAUCCUCUUCAAAUGAUGUCAGACUUGAGGAAAAGUCGUCAGCAGGUUGCUUAUGCUGGGAAAGUUGGUGAUGCAAGAUAUCCCAAUCCAUCCUACUGGGGAAAGAUGUGUUUUAUGUCCACACCUGAUGGUGAAAACUGUGGACUCGUGAAAAAUCUGGCUGUUACUGCUAUUGUUAGCUCAAGAGUGGUACAGCCAUUGAUUGACAGAUUUGUUUCUUGUGGAAUGAAUAAGCUGGAUGAAAUUAGUGCUAAGGAGAUUCCUAAAAUGGACAAGAUCUUCCUGAAUGGCGAUUGGAUAGGAUCCUGUACUGAUCCAGCUUCAUUUGUUAUGCGUUUAAGGUGCAUGAGACGCGCCAAUCUGAUUGAUCCACAGGUUGAAAUCAAAAGGGACAAGCACCAAUUUCCUGGGGAAGUACGGGUGUUUUCUGAUGCAGGGAGAAUCCUCAGACCUCUUCUUGUGGUCGAGAACCUAAAUAAAAUUAGAAAAUCGAAGGACCGUCCUUACACUUUUCAGGCACUAUUGCAACAAGAAAUAAUUGAGUACAUUGGUGUUGAGGAGGAGGAAGAUAUACAAUGUGCCUGGGGAAUCAGGCACCUAUUUCCGAGCAGUGGAGAGAAGGUUUCUGGCUAUACUCACUGUGAGCUGGAUCUUUCUUUUCUGCUGGGAUUAAGUUGUGGUCUUAUCCCUUUCGCAAAUCACAAUUUUGCUCGAAGAGUACUGUACCAGUCGGAAAAACAUUCACAGCAAGCUAUUGGAUAUUCCACAACAAAUCCACUUACCAGAGUUGAUACUCAUUCCCAUCAACUUUACUACCCUCAGAGACCCCUUUUCAAAACAGUUACAGCUGAUUGUAUUGGCAGAUCAGAUUAUACUAUUGGAAGAAAAGAUGACUUUGCUAGGCCAGAAUAUUUCAAUGGACAAAAUGCGAUAGUUGCAGUCAAUGUUCAUCAGGGAUUUAACCAAGAGGACUCCCUGGUUAUGAACAGGGCUUCUCUUGAACGUGGUAUGUUUAGAACUGAGCACAUCAGGAGCUAUAAGGCAGAAGUAGAGACCAAAGAGCCCACCAAACGACUGAAACUGAAGGAAAAAGUAGACUUUGGUAAAAUGCAAAGCAAGAGAGGACGGGUUGACAAUCUUGAUGAUGAUGGAUUACCAUACGUGGGUGCAAGUCUUCAGAGUGGUGAUAUCGUCAUUGGGAAAGUGUCAGAAUCUGGCGAAGAUCAUAGUAUCAAGAUGAAGCAUACGGAAAAGGGAAUGGCCCAGAGAGUGUUGCUCUCAGCCAAUGACGAGGGGAAGAAUUUUGCCGUUGUAACUCUGAGACAGGUUCGAUCACCUUGCGUCGGAGAUAAAUUUUCUAGCAUGCAUGGCCAGAAAGGUGUUAUUGGUUUUCUAGAAUCUCAGGAGAACUUCCCUUUUACUUGCCAAGGAAUAGUUCCAGAUGUUGUGAUAAAUCCACAUGCCUUUCCUACCCGUCAAACUCCAGGCCAGCUGCUUGAAGCUGCUUUGGGAAAGGGAAUCGCUCUUGGUGGUGCAAUGCGAUAUGCAACACCAUUCACCCCAGCAUCACUUGAAGUGAUCUCAGAACAAUUGCACAAGGCUGGAUUUUCGAGAAGCGGGGCUGAAAGUGUUAUCAAUGGCCGAACAGGCGAAAGAAUGCACUCAUUGAUUUUCAUGGGUCCUAACUUUUACCAGCGGCUGACUCACAUGGCGGAAGACAAGGUAAAAUUCCGGAACACUGGGCCAGUGCACCCCCUCACAAGGCAACCUGUGGCGGACAGGAAAAGAUUUGGCGGAGUGAAGUUUGGAGAAAUGGAGCGGGACUGCCUCCUUGCCCACGGGGCAGCUGCCAACCUCCAUGAGCGGCUCUUCAUGCUCAGCGACUUCUCACAGAUGCACAUUUGCCGAACAUGUGAACGGGUGGCGAACGUUGUCAUGAGGAGUGUCCCUGGAGGAAAGAGGAUCCGAGGCCCGUACUGCGGAUUCUGCCGAUCUUCAGAGAAUACAGUUAGGAUCGCCGUGCCGUACGGUGCGAAGCUCCUCUACCAGGAACUCUUCUGCAUGGGGAUCUGCCUCAAGUUCCAGACGGAAAUCUGUUAGAAACCUGUCAUCGAGUCGUGAUGUAUAUAGCUUGCUUGUCUCACCGUAUACCUUGUUGGUUUGAGCUGGGCCGUGUACUCGUGUUCACUGCGGAAUGGAUAAACGAAUGGGGGCUGUUGCUGGUUCGAGCUUUACGUGGAUGUGUUUGGUUCA